AUGACCCUGAUCAGGUUCGGGCAGAAGCCCCCAAACAAAACGCUCAAGGGCCACAAGCUCCUCGUCGCCCUGCCAUCGUUCAAGCCGUCGAAGGAGGAGGUCGAUGCAGUCAAGAGUCUCUACCCAGACUUGGAGGUCCAGCUCGGCAGCGUCAAAGAUGUCACCAAGGAGGAGUGGAAGGACGUUACGAUUCUCGUGACGGGCUACAACUCAGAGGGCCUGCCGGACAAGGAUGAUGUCCCGAAUCUCGAAUACGUCCAGCUCUCAUCGGCUGGCGCAAAUCUGGUGGUUUCGGACCCGCUGUACAAGGACACCGACGUAGCCUUCUGCACUGCGAAUGGCGUCCACGGACCACAAAUAUCCGAGUGGAUCAUUGCCACAUUCUUGGGCUUUCAACAUCAUCUCACCUCUUACCUAGACAAACAACGAGCGGGCAAAUGGGACAGGGGCACCGAGCCAACAAUCGAUGCCGUCAAGAAGAGAGUAGGAAUUCUGGGCUACGGAGCCAUCGGGAGGCAGACGGCCCGCGUGGCCACAGCCCUAGGAAUGGAAGUCCACGCCUACACCCUCCACGAGCGCAAGACCCCGGAGUCAAAGCGGGACGAGACAUACGCGCCCGCGGGGCUCGGGGACCCUGAGGGAAUCUUCCCGUCCAAGUGGUUCUUCGGCGAGUCCAAGGAGCAGCUGCACGAGUUCCUCGGCUCCGGCCUGGACCUGCUCGUCGUCUCGAUGCCGCUGACGGAGAAGACGACGGGGCUGAUCUCGGCGGCCGAGUUCAAGGUUCUCUCGGAGAGGCAGACCUUCGUCUCGAACAUUGCCCGCGGCCCUAUCGUCAACACGGGGGACCUGAUCGAGGCCCUCGACAAGGAGCUUAUCCGCGGUGCGGCGCUGGACGUCACGGACCCGGAACCUCUACCUGAGGGCCACCCCUUGUGGAGCACCAAGAACGUUGUCAUCACUCCCCAUAUCAGCGCUGCUUCGGAGAGCUACUUCGAGCGGGUGUGGGCGAUUGUGAAAUUGAACUUGCAGCGGUUGAGCCAGGGCAAGGAGCUCACGAACAAGGUGAACCGGAAAGAGGGUUACUGA